UCUUAACAAACCCAUUCACUGUAAUUGGUCCUCACUUAGUAGUAAGGGUGCAUAGAGGGUGCUUAUGAACACCCUUCUGAAGCCAUGAAUGAGACAAGGACCACGAGACUGCAAGUGCACUGUUUAGAACAGGGCAAUAUUCUAAUUAUAUGUAUUAAAAAUAUGUCCGUUGACACACACAGAUACAUACAUACAGUUUCCUUCCAACUCACAAAAACAUGCCAGUAGGUGAACUGGUGGCUAUAAGUUGACCCCAAGUGUGAAUAGGUGUGUGAAUGGGUAUACAUGGUGCCCUACAAUGGGCUGGUAUCCCAGUGUUCCAGGGAAAAAGCUAUGGCUCCAACACCACCUUGACCAGGGUAAAACACUUACUGAAAACGAAUAAAUGAAUUAUUAUUAUUAUUAUUAUUAUUAUCCGUCCAUCCAUCUUCUGUACCGCUUAUCCUACACAGGGUCCCGGGGAGCCUGGAGCCUAUCCCAAGGGACUCGGGGAACAAGGCAGGGGACAUCCUGGACAAGGUGCCAACCCAUCGCAGAGCACACACACUCACACACCCAUUUAUACACUACGGACACUUUGGAAAUGCCAGUCGGCCUACGACGCAUGUCUUUGAACUGGGGGAGGAAACCGGAGAGUACCCGGAGAGAACCCCUGCAGCACGGGGAGAACAUACACACAGUGUGGAGACGGGAUUAGUAGUAGUAGUACGUUCUCUUUAUUAUUAUUAUUUAUCCCCCCCCCGUCAUAUUUUCAUAUUUUACACACCAUAACAGCUGCAUUGUCAAUACAAACCAUUUGUUUGCCAUGACCAUAGAGUUCAUAGAGUUGAAUUGGGGGGAGAGAGAGACAGAGAGAGAGAGAGAGAGAGAGAGAGAGAGAGAAGGGAGUAACUACUCGACCCCAUUUGACGUCAUGGGUUCAUCGAACGUCCACGUGCGCUGCAGAAAAUAACCGUUUCAUCAGGAGCCGCUGUGUUUAACCAGAGCAGACCGGUACAGCUGCCCAGAGCGCGCGAGUUCAUUCAGAGCCUGCACGCGCUCCAGCUGAACCUCAGUAUGGUGAAAAAGAGCAGGAGUCCUACAUCCGCUAAAAUGAAGGGGAUAAUCUCAUACUUUGCUGCUUUAAUCAGAGAGAGAAAACAUGGCUCGACUGACCUGCUACAGAAGCUUGGGACCCGAAUUCCAGUCUAUCAGCACAGUACGCAUUCAGAGUGUUUUCUGAGACCAGAAGCCAGUUUGUCUGAUGAAUCUGCAGCAGCUGCACAGUGCUUCGCCAGUACAGCACGGAAGCUGCAAAGGCCUCAGGUUUCAGCAGCAGAUUUUGACUACUUGAAGGUGAUUGGGACAGGCAGUUUUAGUAAGGUUCUUUUAGCAAAAUAUAAGGAGAACAAUAGAUACUAUGCAGUCAAAGUUUUACAGAAGCACAUCAUCCUGAAAAAAGAAGUGGAAGGAAACAUCAUAUGUGAGCGAAACGUGCUAGUGAAAACUCUAAAUCAUCCGUUCUUGGUGAGACUACACUUCAGCUUUCAGACCAAAGAGAGGCUCUGUCUAGUGUUGGACUAUGCAAGUGGUGGAGAGCUCUUUUACCACCUCCAAAAAGAGCGUGUGUUCAGGGAGCCCAGAGCCAGAUUCUAUGCUGCAGAAAUGGCCAGUGCACUAGGAUACUUGCAUUCACUGCAUAUUAUCUACAGGGACCUGAAGCCAGAGAACAUCUUGCUCGACUCUGAAGGCCACGUGGUCCUAACAGACUUUGGCUUGUGUAAAGAGGGCAUUGUGGGACGUGCAACCACCAAAACCUUUUGUGGAACUCCUGAAUACCUGGCGCCCGAGGUUCUCCAGCAGCACGAGUACGACCGUACCGUGGACUGGUGGGGGCUUGGAGCUGUUCUGCAUGAAAUGCUUUAUGGUCUGCCACCUUUUUACAGUGCAGACCGCAUUAAGAUGUUAGGCAAUAUAAUUUAUCAACCGCUGGUCCUUAAGGCUGGAGUGUCCAAGGCUGGAAGAGAUUUUCUUAAAAGCCUGCUAAACAAAGACAGAUCUAAGAGACUAGGAGCUAAACAUGAUAUGGACGAACUGAAGCGGCAUUCAUUCUUUUCCUCUAUCCAGUGGGAUGACCUUGUGGCAAAGAAAAUCCCACCCCCCUUCGUUCCCUCACUGUCUGGCCCUGAUGACCUGACAAAUAUUAACCCUGCAUUCACAAGACUUCCUGUCCCAGAAUCUCUGAAUGUGUGUGAGGAGGCUGGGGUAACCUUCCCUGGCUUCAGCUAUGUGAAUGAAAACAUCUCAUUAAUUUCCACGUAGAUAAUCAGAUACUCUAAUCACAAUGCUCAGAUAUGUCAUCAACAAACUGAAAUCAAGCCUGCCUCCUGGAAAACUGACCAUGAUUAUACCUCGGAGUGGAUAUGCACAUUUACCUAAAAGUUCAAGUGCAAAGUUUCUUUUUAUUAUUUUCAUUUAUGUAUUAUUUUCUGGAUGCCAUUCGGACCACUGCGUUGCUGUUGCACUGUUUCUUCAGUUUCUUUUUAGUCCUGAAAUCAGUGAAUCUAUGUUCAUUUUAUUUACAUUUUUUUUUAUAUUUGUGUAUUUUAUCUUGCAUUUACUUUUGGAUGAUUGUCACGUGAUAUUUUACAUAUUUACAAAAUUGUACAUAAAUUCAGCAAUUAUUUGUUGCAUCAUUUAAUUUAUUUAUUCAUCAAUUUAUUUAUUUUUACUAUCCUAAUGUUGUGCACAUAAAAGAAAUUAUGUAACACUGACUCUUUUUUUCAGUGUUCCAAGUUGAUAUUAAAGAGCCUGGAAACUUACCUUAUGUUUGUUCUAGGCAGCCUAAAAAAAGUUUAGCGAUUGAACAUUUUACUUAAAAUAAAAUGAUCUAUGAUCCCUGGAUUCUUGUAAUCGUGAUCCCAUUGGCAUUUUCAACUCCUAUUUUAUGUAUUUGAAAGAGCCUACUAGUAUCUACUAGUAUUGUCAUGUUAUAUUUUUCAUCAAAACCUAACCUAGAUCGGUGACAGGGGGUGCACAACUGAAGCCAUUGCUCCAUCAACACAUAAGCCCUGAAAUUAGGUGUCCUCCUAGACCCAAUCUAAAUUUAUUUUCUUAUGUAAUAUGAGUGCACGGUGGCUUAGUAGUUAGCAUGUUCGCCUCACACCUCCAGGGUCGGGGGUUCGAUUCCCACCGUGGCCCUGUGUGUGCGGAGUUUGCAUGUUCUCCCUGUGCUUUCUCCCUUUCCUCCGGGUACUCCAGUUUCCUCCCCCACUCCAAAGACGGUAGGUCUGGUAGGCUGAUUGGCAUGUCCAAAGUGUCCGUAUGAAUGGGUGUGAGUGUGUAUGUGAUUGUUCCCUGUGAUGGAUUGGCACCCUGUCCAGGGUGUACCCUGCCUUGUGCCCGAUGCUCCCUGGGAUAGGCUCCAGGUUCCCCAUGACCCUGAAGGAAGGAUAAGUGGUAUAGAAGAUGGAUGGAUGUAAUAUGACAGAAUCAUUUAACUUUUGAAGUGAGUGACAGAGCAAAUAAGAGCAGGCCAUCCCAAUAUGAUUAAGUUGCCUUACUAGAAAGUUAACAUAUUGUUUUUUGCAAUAGGUUUACAUUAUAUUCAAAGAUGACUAUCAGUCACUUUAUAGCAGUGGUCAGGAACUGAUGGAUCACGAGUGACACUUGGGUCUUUGACAAAAAUGUGGCUUGGCAGGUGUCUCACCCUUUACCAACAUAUCAUGGUUAAAAAUUUAGACACAUCACUAGAGGUCAGUUUCCUGUAGAGCAUGCAAAAUUAAUUACAAUUCCUGUCAUGAUGGCACGUGAGAUAGAGAUGGAAAAGAGCAUAUAACUUCUGCAGAUUUUGGACGAGUCCACACACACACACACACACAACUCAACCUCAAAGUUGAAAGGCCUGCACAAUUUAUUCCAUAUUGCAACAUGUUACUUAUUGUUUGUUGCAUAUAUGUUUGUUUUUGAGUUGUCUAUGGACCUAAAUAAAGUUAUUGUUAUUGAAAUGUUCGUGACCCUUGCUUUAUAGCACUCAUAGGGAGUACCAAUAUGGUGGCCAAGUGGC